AUGGGAAACGAUUCAAUAGCUCGUACAGCAGUUGGAAUUCUAGGCAAUGUGAUCUCUUUCGGAUUGUUUCUCUCUCCAGCUCCAACUUUCUAUGGAAUCAUAAAGAAGAAAGCUGUAGAAGAAUUCAAACCAGAUCCAUACUUAGCUACAAUAAUGAACUGUGCAUUUUGGGUAUUUUAUGGAAUGCCUUUUGUGCACCCAGACAGCACUUUAGUCUAUACAAUCAAUGGUAUUGGAGUUGUCAUUCAAAUGAUCUAUCUCACCAUAUUUUACAUCUAUUCUACCACCAAAGGAAGGAAAAAACUAGUCCUUAUAUUUGCUAUUGAGGCUAUUUUCUUUGCCGCCAUUGUUCUUAUAACCAUGUUAGCACUUCAUGGCACUAGAAAAAGAUCUUUAGUGGUUGGUGUUAUAAGUGACGUCUUCAACGUAAUGAUGUAUGUCUCUCCUUUAACCGUCAUGACAAAAGUUAUAAAAACUAAGAGUGUGAAGUAUAUGCCAUUUUGGCUCUCUCUUGCUAACUUAUUAAAUGGUUUGGCUUGGACAACAUAUGCUCUUCUUCAUCCAUUUGAUAUUUAUAUAUUGAUAUGUAACAGUAUUGGAGUAGUUUCUGGAAUUGUUCAGCUUAUUCUAUAUGCUUGUUAUUGUUUUAACAAAGGUGAAAACAAUGAAGAUGGUGAUGUUGAGAUGAAACCAACUAGUGUUCAUGAAAUCAGAUUUAAUGGAAGAACUACAGUAGCAUGA